UUAUUGAUUUUCAGGUAGUCAGUUCUGUAAUCUAGUGUAAUAUAAUGAGGGAUAUGUAUUCAAUAUGAAUUAUGACAUUACCUUGAAUGUCGUUGGAUAUAUUUUUUAUAAAUGUUCAAGAAGAGAAGACUCGUUAUUAUUAUUUUUUAUUUUAGCGUAGAACAUGCAUGGAUUACCCAGGAACAAAGACUUUUCGAAUAAUUAAAAAUCUUGAGCAGCAAGCUGACAAAGGUAUACAAUAUUGUUCAUCUUUUGCCAAGAUUUCACAUUCAGUUGCAUAUGUAAUAAUCGUAAAUUGACUAAAAGUAUUAAGGAGUUUACGGUUUAAUGAAGUGCAAAAAUGAAUUAUAUGUGAAGAAAAAAUCGUCAACAUUCGGAGAAACAAAAUAAUUAGAAUGAUAAUUACAAGAAAAUGCGGAUUUUACAAUAGAAUAUUAUCAUUUGGAGACGCAAAAACAAGACUGGAGUUUUAUAAACGAUGAACAAUACGUUCGAAUUUGGAGCACCAUUUCGGCUGAAGGACGUUAGUUCACACUGCAUGCAUAUAAUCGUUCCUAUUGAGGCAUACGUUUUUCCAGUUUUAUCUAUUCUGGUGUUUGGUAUAAACAUUUUAGCUGUGUUUGUUUUCCUUCAAAAACGCGUGAGAUCUCACACUACUUUCUUACUAACAUUAAUUGCUAUAACCGACCUACUAAACAUUACUUUUCCUACGUAUUUCUGUGUAUAUUAUUACACUCUAGGUCACUACAAAGAUUAUGUUACCUACCAGAUGUGUUCCUUGACCUACAUAUUAGGUAUCGUUUCUGUUAAAUUUUUUAACGCUUUAUCCUUGUGGCUGACAGUUCUCUUGGCUUAUACACGUUGUAGAUGUUUAAAGGAUCCCUUUAAUGCGCACAAGCUUCACACUUCUAAGAAAGUUGCCAUAUAUGUUAUCUUUAUUAUAGCCUUUACGAUUAUAACCCAUAUGCCAUCGGCAUUUUUAUUUGAAUUUUCUUCAAUCACAUCCAGCGACUCGGAUUCAAACACUACAAAACAAAUGUGUGUCAUAGAAGAGUCGAACUUUAUCUUUCACAAUUCAAAUAUAGCAAGAAAAGUUCAGUUUUGCACUGAAACGUUAUUAGAUUCCAUCGUUCCUUGUUUCAUUCUGGUGUACUUAGAUUUCGUUAUCUUACUAACAUUAAAGGAAGCAAUCAUACGGCGUAGGUCAUUGAGACGCCGUAAUACAAAGGAUUCAAUAAAAAAGAAUGAAUCAAGUAACAGAGGAAUGCAGCGUCAACAAAACCGCAUAGGUACAAGUAUAUCACGAUUAUUUAAACGUAAAAACAUGGAACAGGAUCACGAAAUAAAUGAAACAACACCUGUUGAUAUAACUGACAUUAAUAAUAAAAACCCAAAAAUUAAAAUAGUCUUAGAAAAUCAAAUACAAUCUUGCAGUUCAUCCAGUAGAGACACUGCAAAGCAGAAGUUAUUCGGAAAGACAAACACUAAAAGUGUUGAUUCUGCGUUUGAUAGACUCGACAGAGAAAGUCACAUGACAUCAUGGCUAAUUUUUAUGGUUGCGGCAAUUAUAUCUCUGCACGAAAUUCCUUUGGCAAUUUAUAAUACUUAUGUGCUGGUAAAACAUGCUGGUGCUUCUUUGCCAUUGGAUGUGUAUGGUUGUUUAUCGGUUAUCCUUCUAUUAUGGCAAUAUGUUACAUAUUUGGUCAUUUUUCUCAUAUAUGUUUUUAUGAGUGGUGUAUUUAGAACCGAGUUGAAGAGAAUACUGGGAAAAUUAUGUGGAAUGGAUACUGCAAGAUCAGCAGAGAAACAGAAAGUUUUUCUGAGUCCAUGUUCAGUGCGUAAGACUAUAAGCAGAGAUCGUGAUACCAGAUUACAUCAAAUACAUGGAAGUGAUUUCGAGACGGAGAUUUAAAAUAUUGCGUAACCGCUUGAUUAAAAAUAUUUUCUUACAAAUGAAAUAAGAAAAAAAGAAUGUCGAAUCUAGUUACCAUUGACAUUUAAAAAAAGACAACUCAACUUUCAAAUAUAAUUUGAAGACAAUAUAAAGAGAACAAUUUCUGAUGUUAUACAUGAAAAAAACAACGGUUUUAUGUUAAUGGUUAAAAAAAUCAUUAUACUUUUCAUAAACUUGGCGACAAUUAUGUUUACAUUUUGUUUUGCUUUUCUUUUAUAAAUGACAUUCAAAUUGUUCCAUAUUUCUUUUCUUCAUAUCGUUCA